UUUUUAUUGAGUAAGCUAAUGAUCAGAAAGAAAUCAGAAAUUUCAUCAUCAUCAUGUAUUUACCGCAGAUGUCCGUUGCUCUAAUUAUUAGUAUUACGCUUCAAUUCUGCAUACUCCUUAAUGACAAUUUCAUACAAUCUUUAUACAUAAAGGAGGAUUCCAAUGAUAUAAUGGAGAGUCUGAAGUUAUCAGGACGUCGUGACUCUUUUGUCUUUGGUAAAGAAUUCCCUGUUGAAGUGGUACUUAGUAAAGAGUUGAAAACAUUGGUACUGUUCGAUACAUUCAAGGAUUGUCUUUCCUCUGAAGAGGACGUCAUGAAUUACGAAAACGAAAUACCAGACAACGCUAAUCAACAUUUCCUUCUAUUUCUGACUGCAAAUGAUUUAAUGUGUGGUAAAACUGGCCUGGCUGCGGCGUAUACAUACACCCAAGAUCCAGAUACGGACAGACCACUUGCCGCUGUGAUUGUUUUAUGCAGAGGAUUGAGAUUUCUUUCGUCGAAUCCAAAUCAUUUGAAGAAUAUAAUGCUGCAUGAAUUGGCUCAUGUAUUUGGGUUUUCAUAUAACAUGUUUCCUUAUCUACGUUACGAUGACGGUACUCCCAGGACACAAAGAGAUCCACGAACUGGAGAACCAAGUUUAGACGAAACAGUAAAUAACGGUCUACCGGCUGCAGAUAAUACUAUAAUUAAAGUUACACGAAAAUGGCAUUCAGCCAAAGAGAAUAAAGAUUAUGAGAGGAUCAGUCUGACUCUGCGUAACGUUGUCCAAUUUGCAAGAAAUCACUUCAGAUGUAAUAAACUUACCUCAGUCGACCUGGAAUCAGAUGGUACUAGGGGCACUCAAGCAAUGCAUUUUGAGCGUAGAUUAGCAGUAGGUGAAUUGAUGACUGGUUAUGUUGAUAUUAUGCCGGCUACUUCCAAUCUAACCCUGAACUACUUCAAAGACACAGGUUGGUACCAUGUGGACCUUUCCAUGGCUGAACCAUGGAAGUGGGGUCAGAAUCUGGGUUGUGAUUUUGUACUUCAAAGUUGUCACAGCUAUAUGCAGAAGCGCAAAAUGAGUAAUCAAUCCAUUUCUCCAUGGUGUGAUCAUUUCUUGGGCUACGGUGACCGUUGUCUACCGUAUACAAAUGCCUAUGGAACAUGUAAUAUGGUUAAAUUUCAAGGAAAGCUAAAAUCACAUCAUAUUCACUUUAACCAGCCGCAUAAUUCAUUUAGUGACCAACAAUUGACAUUCGGCGGACUCGAUACAUUAGCUGACCGCUGUCCAUUUUUAACACCACUCACUCAUGUUAACGGUCUACAGAAGAAUUCUCAUUGCGGUGAUAUCAACAAUCGAAAAUAUGAAAAUGUUAAUGAUGUUCGAAACCUCCAGUAUUAUGGGAAAGCUUCUCGUUGUUUCCGCUAUGGCACAUCUUACUACGAUGAAAGACAGCGCCAUUCGGUUAUAGCAGGCUGUUAUAAGAUAAAAUGCACAUUAUCAUUUCAACUCUCUGUACAAUUUCGUGGUGAAUGGUACACUUGUCCACAAGAAGGUGGUAAAGUAGAAGUAGCCAAAGAUAGUACAAGUAACGAUUGGAUUGAAUGCCCUCCUUAUAUAGAAAUUUGUUCAGUUAAAAAUACUCGAGAGAGAUUGAGAUCAAAUCGGAUUGAAGGUUAUCGCAGAUCAAAAAACAGCAUUUAAUAUGCGUCAGCAAAUAAACAUACACUAUAUAUAUAUAUACAUAUAUAGUGUAUAUUUGGAGUGGAAUAAUUACUUCCUUCACAAGUUCACCAAGCAGUCACGUCAAUUGUUUAUUUCAACGGAAUCGGAACCUACGUAUCUUACUUUCUGUCUCUUACGUAUUGUUUAAUAAUUCAACUUUGGGUGUAUUUUCCUUUCAAACUGAGGUAUGAUAAUCUAAAACUGCAUAACAGCUGUACGGAAAUUGUAUUCUCAGUAUUUCGG